AUGUUUGCGACUCCGCAAGGAACGACAAAUCCCACGUCAACGUUGAUUGAUUUGACAAUCAAGGAGCCCGCCGACUUCAUCGACCUCACCCUCGACGACGAUACUCCACCGGGCAGCCCACGCCCUGAGCAGACCGAACCGCCUCGGAAGAGGCAGCGACGAGACGAUGGUGGCUUCCCGCCUGAUCGCAACCCGCGGGAACUCAUCGCUAGCUUAAAUGCGCAGGUUAAGCCAUAUGUUGAUGUGGCGCUGGCCUGUUUCCCAGCGGAUAAGUUCAAGGUCACACAAAUCGCCCAAGAGGUGAUGAGCGAUCUUCUCCGCAACGCGCAAAAUUUCCCCGGGUUUAAUCCAACUCGAAACGGAAGCCUCCUCCCUCAAAGUCUGGUCGUCGAGCUAGCAAAGCAGGCCCGUAAUCUGGUACAAGCAUAUCGCAUGCAACCUAAAUAUCAGAUCGAGCCUCCACCCACCUACAAACCAGCACCGCGCGGCCCGCGUCGCCACUUAUCUCACAGCUCCUUCGCCAUCCCCAUACCCUUGCUCCCGAACGGUUUCCCGGCGAACCGCAGCAGACUGGCUGCUCCUUCUCGAACCCCCUCGACCCCAAAGAGGCCACCAUCGCGGCCGGCAACGACGCAUCCUCAAACGAAGCCUCAAUCACAGGCCGUAGAACCCCCGAACGUCACCGUUUCGUCGACAAAUUACAGAACGAGGGCGAAAGCCAGGUCUUUCAAGUCAUGGAAGGCGCACGAUUUACAAGCCAAGGCCGCAACGACUCCAGGCCGCAAGGCCAAAGUGGCCUGGAUGAAUAUGCCGCGGCGGCCGUACCUCACAACUGAAGAGCGUGGAACGAUUCUUCGCGGUACCUCCAAGCUUGUUCGAACCGUACCCGCGGCUGCGGCGCUGGGCCCACUCCCCUUCCACGUCGACUUCACCCCAGACGAGAUGGAUGACGUGCGGAGAACAGUGCGGGCCAUGUGUGACAAGAAGGUCAAAAACAAACGAAGAAGCGAUGCGGAUAGAGAGCUAGGCAAGAUGCUGAGAAAGCGGCCUGACUUACUCACGGACAUACCGCCCAAGAUUGAGCUCAAGGGAACGCUUGUGCAGCGAGAUCAUGUAGCGAUCCGGAACUUCCUCGACGAGCUGGCCAAUCGGCACAAGAGGCCGGCUCGGUAUCCAAAGGUGCUGACGUUGGAAGUGGACGAGUCUGACAAACAAGGCGAGGCACAGCGCACUAGUCAAAUAUCUGCGCUCCUGUUGGCGCGAGAAAUCGACGGCAACCGAGGCUUUGGCCGGAUGCGUCGCCACAUCAACUUCACCGAUGAGUUUAGGAAAGCACACGAAGACGAUCUGGAGAUGCGAGCAGAGUGGGUGGGCUGCGCCGGUGACAUUAUGACAAUGGUCUGGACUUCGGAUACCAAUGUCAUCUGCGGUGCCACAGCCCAUUCCGAUUCCCACAACCAGCAGUACAACAAGCCCGGCAACCUUCUGCUUUGUUCAACGACACUGGGUCAGCUUAAGGCGUUUCCUGAUCACAGGAUCCCACGGCCCAUCGUUGAGAAGGGCGAGAAUUCAACAGAGGCAAUGAGGCAGAGCCAGAGUCCUUGGCUCUACUCUUCUGUCGUGUCUUCCGACUAUGAUCGCAUCAACGACCGUGCCUACACAUCGAGUUUCGACAAAACUGUCAAGGUCUGGAAGGUCGACGAUACAGGAGCAAAGAUGGAGGCAUUGGGCACUUGGGCCCACAUGGGCAACGUCAACUUUGUGGUUGUUUCUAAGCAUGAAUCUGGCAUGGUAGCUACCGCUGCUGAUGUGCCCACUCAGGCUGUCCGAGUCUACCGCGUUGAUAACGACAACGUGUCCCAAAGCCCCUACCAGGUAUUCACAGGCGCCAGAGCUUGGGAUGAAGGCGAUGAGAAGACAACGGCAACCCAGAAAUGGGCGUACUUCCCUGCCACGAUGCAGUGGGGUUUAGCUCAAGGCGUGCAACACUUCCUCCUCGUUGGCUACUCUCCCCGCAGCUUCACCGGGGACGAUAACGACAUUCCGGUUGAGAAGAAGAAUACAGGCGAGAUAUGCCUUUGGAACUGCCUUACAGGCGAAAAGAUCAAGGUCAUGACGGCAUCUACACAGAACGUCUUUGAGGUGGUUUGGCAUCCUACCCUGCCAAGCUUCAUCGUGGCAACAUCGCCGGCCGGCUUGAUGGUGGACGACAAGACUCUGACUCAGAUUCGGAUCUUCCGGCCUAGCUUGACACCCGAAGGGGAGACUGCUUUCAGCGAGAUGCAGUGCCUGGACUGCCCAGCAAAGGAUAUUAACGAGCUUACCAUCAAGCCCAAUAGCGUCCUCUGCUCAUAUGUGACUGCGGCUUGUACCGAUGGCAAAGUCUACAUUUGGGACACCUCGCGAGGCGACAAACCUAUUCACGCUUUACGGCAUAAGAAGCCAAUCGAUGAUUUCUACGGAGAUCGAGAAGAAGCGGACGUGGGUGUCAAAUUUACGGCCUGGGGAACCACGGCGGACCGGUUCUAUACAGGCGGAUCAGACGGAGUAGUCAAGGUGUGGAACGUACGCAACCUGCGGCAGCCCCUAGUCCGGGACCUUUUGGAAGCUCCUGGAGCUAUAGCAUGCGGAGCUUUCUCCCCAUGCUACUCGAGGCUAGUUAUUGGAGACGCCAGUGGUCGAGUGAUGCUCCUAUCGUUGAACAAGGAGGACGAGCCUCCAGCGAAGUUCGUCCUCCCUCCGAUAGCACCAGGCAUGAGACCUUAUCGUCCUGUACGCCGUCCGAUACCGAUCAUCGAGCAUGCCGAUCCCCCGGCACCAACUCAGAAUCAAGAAGAGCCUAGAACGGGAGUUGAAAGGGGACAAAAAAUGCUCUCUACGAGUCAGCUCAUCCGUCACCCUGAUGCCACAGUCGGCGUCAUCCAGGGGCCGGCGUAUUCCACCCUAGGCCUCUACUGCCCCAGAUCCCAUUUUGAGGGCGAUAUAUCGCAACCUUUGUUGGCUAAAGUCGAAGAGGAACAGCAGGAGAACCAGAAGAAGUUUCGUCGCAAGUCGCUGAGGGUCGCCCGCCUCCGGCCGCUCGAUGACGUGGGAUCGGCCGUCCUGCAUGUUCGGCAUUUGAAAAACGUGGCGAGGGACUUGGAUCUGCAUAGGCUUGACGAUAUGACCAAGCUCGACCUGCUCAUGGAUCAAGUCAACAUUGAUGACCCUAUUUACGAUGAGGGUUGGGAUUUCGAACAUGAGGAAGUCGACCUAGAUAAAAGCAUCUGGGCUACGCUCUCAAAGUGA